AGAGCAAGCGGUUUUCAUGCGGUGAUUGCGCUGUGACACAUCUUUCGGCCGUGAUUUGUUGCGGAAAUGGAUCUCCAGUGAUUUGCAGAACAAGCUACGUGAACGCCGAAUGGGGACCCCUUAGGAUCGCGUUGGAAACAGCAUUUGCGGAAGUGCCGAAGACAGAUUCUUGCUCUUGUCCAUGCGGUCCACUAUCUUUCUCGUAUGACGGUUCUAUGGCACACGACUCUACCUGUCUCAUGUUGAUCCUUACUCUGGGCUGAUGGUGGUCGAGGGAAUGCGAAGAACGAAUGCUUUGUUGGACUGUAGUUUAUGUUAGAUCAGACUCUACCAUUCCAUUGGACCUUGGUUCAUCACUGUCGUUUUUUGUUCGGUUUUCUUCUAAUACUUUCAUGCCUCACGCGUUAGUUUGGGUCUGGUUCCAUCUUGUCACUUCCGUUAUGCUUGGGAUAGCUUGUUUGGGCUUGACACACUUGCAUUGUGCAAUCUCUUUCAUCGGAGUUCUGUCCUCUCCCCAGAGUUCUGGUUGGGCGGGUUUUAUCAAUAUUACUACUUACUACCAAUUCACCUGCUUCCAACAUAUACAAUUGCUUAUGUUGAAUAAGAGCAUUUUUUGCUAAAACAGGGGGCAUGAGACAGACUCCAUUGAACCUCUAUACCUGUGAUUAUAUGUCUAAACAAGCUCACUCCCUUUCCAUUCCCAGGAAGAUUUUGCGGACUGGACUUGAGCUGAUUCAGUGGGAAGUUUGCCUUUUUGUUUUGCUUUUUGUUGUUGGUUGUUUGGUGUAAUGCUUCGUUUUUCUGUUGUAUG